AAGCUGUUAUUGUUGUUCACUCUUGUUGCUAUGGGCUACGCAGGCAAAAUCCUCUACUCUAAGGAGGACGAGUAUCAAUGGGAGCUCUUUAAGAUUGGAUAUGAAAGAGUAUACGCUGAUAAGGUGGAAGAGGGAGGUAGGAAGGCAAUCUUCAUUUGCAGCCUUCACGAUAUCCGUGAACACAACCAAGCCUACGAUCGAGGAGAAACUACCUUCACAGAAGGAAUCAACAAUUUCGCUGACUGGACCGACGAGGAGAUGAAAGGGAUGAAGUGAUACUGCCCGAGGAGAAGCAGAGCUAAGUAAAGAGGACUGCUGUUGGUGGAGGAUGUCUGGGGAAAAAGUCACGUCUGUAUGCUUAUGGUAAAAUAAACGGUCCAAGACCUGGUUUUGUUACUGUUUUA